AUGGACAGCAGCCGCCUCGACGUCUUAGGCUGUCAGCCAUCGCUCUUCAAGCUGUACACGCAGAUUGCUUUUAUCUACGCCAUCGUGGACGAGCAGGCCGCGCGAGAUGAUGCGAUAAGAGUCCUUCGCUCCGGACUUGACCAUCUGGCGGCACAGCUGCCCUGGCUUAGCGGUCAUGUCGUCAACGAGGACAGCAGUCCGAGUCGCACGGGCUCCUACCGCAUUGUCGAGAGCAAGGAGAUCCCGCUCGUCGUUCAAGAUCUGAGCCUUGUCGACGGCGCAUUAACAUUGGAUGAGCUUCGCAAUGCUCAAUAUCCGUUCUCGAUGCUUGACGAGAAGCUCAUCGCCUCAUGCAUGACGCUUAACCUCCCCGGACAAACAGCGGGUCUCGUCGCGGAAACAGGACCCGUCCUUGCGGCGCAGGCAAACCUCGUUGCCGGCGGUCUCAUUCUCACCAUCGUUGGUCAGCACAACGUCAUGGACAUGGUCGGACAGGCGACAAUCAUGACCUGGCUUUCAGCAGCAUGCGCUGGACGACCACUCACACAGGAGCAGCUCGCGAUCGGCAACAUGGACAAGAGCAAGGCCAUCGAUCUGUUCGAUGAGCACUGGCAACCGGAUGAACAGUGGAUCCGUCGUUUGCAAGUUCCGGCUCCGUCCAGCCCUCCAUCCGAAGCAGAAUUAUCGAUUGCGGCACCUCAAAGCUUGUGGGCGUACGUGAGCAUCUCAGCUGAAUCAGUAGCAGCUCUGAAGCGACUCGCAACGGCGACAAAGGACCCAGCAAUCGACUACAUCACUUCCGACGAUGCAGUAUGCGCCUUUAUAUGGAAGCAUCUAUCUCUCGCAAGAGCUACUCGUCUCGAUGCAAAGGCAGCAACGGUGUUUGCUCGUGCUGUGGAUCUGCGAAGCCGCCUGGUUGUCCCUGCAACAUAUCCUGGCACACUGACGAACAUGGCGUACAACGAGUCAUCAAUGGAAGAAGUAGGUCGCUCGUCGCUUGGCCAGAUUGCCUCGAAACUGCGACACGCCCUCAACUCACCAAGCGUGGCUCAUGACACUCGAGCCUUGGCCACGGUGGUCAACAGGCUCGACGACAAAGGCAGCAUCAGCAUCACGGCGCCCGUCGAUCCGUCUACCGGCAUCAUGCUGAGCUCAUGGGCGUCGGUCAAGCUGCACGAGCUCGACUUCAACCUGGGACUUGGCAAGCCGCUCGCCGUACGACGUCCUGCAUUCAUUCCCGUCGAGAGUCUGAUGUACAUGAUGCCGAAGAGCUCGUCGGGCGAGACCGUCGUUGGCAUGUGUUUGCGGAGCGAAGAUUGGAGCGCGCUGAUGCGAGAUGGCGAUUGGGCUUCGCAUGUAAGAUAUAUUGGCUGA